CUCCCCAAGAGAAGGGUCGCUUUGAAAGAAAAUGGUGGACAGGGACCCAGGUACACCUACCUGGAAAUUCACACAAUGCUUUGGCGAUAAAGGCGAUGUAGAAGACAUUACAGAAGCCGAUAUUAUUUCUACUGUCGAGUUCGACCAUACCGGUAAUUACCUCGCCACAGGAGACAAGGGCGGAAGAGUGGUGCUCUUUGAAAGGAACGAAACAAAGAAAACAUGCGAAUACAAAUUCCAUACCGAAUUCCAGUCACAUGAGCCAGAAUUCGACUACCUAAAAUCCCUAGAGAUCGAAGAGAAAAUCAACAAAAUAAAAUGGUGCCGGCGCCAAAAUGCGUCACAUUUCCUACUUUCGACUAAUGACAAAACAAUCAAGCUGUGGAAGGUGUUUGAUAAAUCUCUCAAAGUCGUUGCGGAGAACAAUCUCUCUACAGAGCUUACCCCUGGCGGCGUUGGUGGUGGAGGGGCACCCAGAGCGCCUCGAGUGUCUUUUAAAGAUUCCUCAGCACUGAAGCUUCCACGAAUGACACAUCACGACACUGUCGUCGCAGCUGUACCUAGACGAACAUACGCUAACGCCCAUGCAUACCACAUUAACAGCAUCUCUGUCAACAGUGACGGGGAGACGUUCAUUAGCAGUGACGAUCUGCGAGUCAACCUCUGGAACUUGAAUAUUCAAGACCAGAGCUUCAACAUUGUCGACAUCAAACCAGCAAACAUGGAAGAGCUUACAGAAGUCAUCACCGCCGCAGAGUUUCAUCCUACAAGCUGUAACUGGUUCAUGUACGCGAGCUCAAAGGGGACCAUCAAGCUUGCCGACAUGCGACAACGGGCUCUUUGUGAUACCCACCACAAGCUGUUUGAGCAAGAAGAAGACGCCUCUUCCCGUUCUUUCUUCUCCGAAAUCAUUUCCUCGAUAUCUGACGUAAGAUUCUCUCACGAUGGCCGGUACAUUGUAUCACGAGAUUACCUCACCGUCAAGAUUUGGGACGUCAACAUGGAGCGACAACCCGUGAAGACAAUCCCCAUUCAUGAACAUCUCCGACCUCGUCUAUGCGAUACGUACGAGAACGACAGCAUCUUUGAUAAAUUCGAGGUGGUCUUUUCGGGCGAUGCAGAGAACGUUAUGACAGGCAGUUACAACAAUAAUUUCAUGAUUUAUCCUACCGAUCCCGCGAAGGAAACCGAGAUUGUUUUGCAGGCUGACAAGUCUGCGUUCAAGGCGAAGAAGGUCGGCGUACCAACGCCGAUGAAUAAGGGUGCCAAUGGGAAGAAGAGUAACUCAAGGACCAGCAGCCCUGCUGGUCCUGGCAGCCGCAUGAAGAAGGAGACAGAUGCAGAUCAAAUUGAUUUCAACAAGAAGAUCCUGCACAUGAGCUGGCAUCCGUUUGAGGAUAGCAUUGCCAUUGCUGCCACAAACAACUUAUUUGUCUUCUCUGCUCUCUAGAGAUAGCUGAAGUACUCACAAUCGCAGUGCUAUGGCGCACAACGUGCCGGCGUAAUCGUGGACGACACGGGCACGGGAGAGGCACCUUUACCAUCUCCAGGUUACCAGUCUCGAUUCCGAACACUAUCUUUGUUAUCCGCGUUACGUUAUUGGAGUCAGGUUGCGUGCCUCUUCCCCGUCUUUCAAAAACUCGAUCGCUACCGACUACUAUGAGAUAUCACUUUCUACUAUUGCUCCCGGAUAAGUUUGGUGAUUUUGAUGGUUUCUUGACGGAGGAGGGUGGAGGGCGUUUAUACUGGGGUUCACAUAGAGCGAGAAGCAGGCAGCUGCCCCAGAAUGUUCCAUUUCCUUCUCUCUUAGUUAAAGCCUGUAUUCAAUUUCGGUGCGUCUACUGCGGCAGUACGUUAGUGCACCGCAAGACAAGUUUCUCUCCCACGACUUUGUCGCAGUGGACGAGAUAGAGACGGAUCCGAUAGCCCAAGGGCUAGGACUGACUUGGUAUUGGUGUCCGCUUAGCGUUGCUCAAGUAGAUAAUAA